AACUGAGUCAUUGACCGUAUCUCCUGAUCAGACUGACUGGUCAUCAGAUAAUCCUUUAACACUGCUAGCAGGUAUACAUUAUAGUAUCAGAGUCACUGCUGUUAAUGGUGCUGGUUUGUCUACUGUCCAUGAUACUGAUGGCGUUAUUAUCGACCCUACACCACCCCGGAUGAAGAAAGUCUUUGUUGGUGUACUAGCUGGUGAAAGUGAGGAAUUAUUUGAUGAUUUCGUCCUCCAAACUGAUCUCAAUGGUAUCCUAGCAACAUGGUUUGCUACUGAUGCAGAAAGUAGUAUCAUGUCAUAUUGGGUUGCUGUGGGCACUGCAGCAGAUGGUUCUGAGGAUAGUUUCGUUAGUGAUUAUCGAAAUAUGGGGAAUAAACGUGAUGGCUACAUUGAUGGAUUGACUUUGGAAUUAUAUGAUGAGAUCACGGACGGACCAAUAUAUUAUAUCAUUGUGAAAGCAGAGAAUGGUGCAGGUAGCAUGUCUACCCCUUUGGUGUCCAGUCCAAUCAAGGUUCUACAAGGUGACAUAACUGGCUUGACUAAUGAUGGACCAGACACACAGACCAUUGCUGGCAGCACAGUCAGUAUUGACACUGACUAUCAGAAAGAGAAUACCAUAGUCACUGCACAGUUUCAUGGUUUUGAGAGUCAAAGACAUGGUAUUGUACAUUACGAAUGGGCUGUGGGAUCAACACCCAGACUGGAUGAUAUUCAACCUUAUACUAGUGCUGGUAUUGUCGUAGAUGGUGGUCAUGACAACCCCGGAGGAGGUUUGAGUGGUUCAGGUAAAGCACAGAUGCCAUUAGAGCUGGAUAGUAGUAUGACAUACUUUACUACAGUCAGAGCUAUAACAGGUGCUGGUAAUGUACUAGAUUCUGUCAGUGAUGGCUUCACAGUUGAUUUGACAUCCCCUGUCAUUACUAUAGACAGUCUGGGUGUUAUGGUUGAUAAUGAUACGCUUAAUCUAGAUGUAAAUACUGCACAUUAUCAG